UCCAUUGUAUUGCAGCCUGAAGAAGAAGAAGAAGGUGGUGCUGCAAUAACAAAGAUGGAGUCUUUCUGUGCUACCACUGUCCAAACCUUCUUCCAUCUCAAGCCCUCUUCUUCCUUUUCUCCUCCUUCUUAUUCCGCUGUUUCUUUCCUCAAAUCCCACUUCAAGCAAUCACCACUAACUCAUUCUUCCCGCCAAUUCUCCCGAAGAACAAAUUCCACCCCAUUUGUAGCGUCGGCCGCCCCCGCCACUGCUGACGGCGCCGUUUCCGACAAGCUCCCCGCCGACCUCAUUGUUACAGAAACCCCCGAACCCAACUCAAGAGUAAAGUUGAGUGUUGAGGUUCCCGCAGAGGUAUGUGAGGAUUGUUACAGAAGAGUCAUGAGGGAGUUCACCAAACAAGCAAAGAUCCCAGGGUUUCGUCCAGGGAAGAAUGUCCCAGAAAGUAUACUUAUUAGUUAUAUUGGGAAGGAGACUGUUAAAGGAGCCACAAUAGAAUCUAUCUUAAAGAGAACACUUCCGCAUGCCUUGUCUUCAGUAAGCGGAAAAGCCUUGGAAGAUUCAAUCCGCAUUUCAACUAAAUUUUCGGAGAUGGAGAGUUCGUUUUCGUCAAUGAAAUCUCUGAGAUAUGAUAUAUUUGUUGAUGUUGCUCCUGAACUCAUAUGGAAUCCUGAAGAUGGAUACAAGAAUUUAAAGGUUGUUGUUGAGAUUGAUAAGGAGAUAGAUGCUCAGACUGCAGCUGAACAAGAACUACGGCGCCGUCACAAGGCUCUCGGUGCUUUAAAAAUCGUAGUUGACAGAGGACUUCAGCUAGGUGAUGUUGCAAUUCUUGACAUAUCAGCUGCGACGAUUGAGCAAGAUGAAUCAACUGGUAAAAGUAUACCAUCUGCUGAGAGCAAAGGAUUUCGGUUUGACACUGAAGACGAAGAUAAAGUCCUUCCAGAUUUUAUGAAUUCAAUUGUUGGAAUAAAACGUGGCGAAACUAAGAUAUUCCCUUAUACCUUCCCUGAUACAUGGGAACAAGAAGAUCUCCGUGGUGUCCGCGCUCUGUUCACAGUGGAAUGCAAGGAAUUGUUCUUCAGAGAUCUGCCCGAAUUGAAUGACGCAACUGCUGAAAAGAUUCUGGCAGGUUGCUCCACCAUUGAGGAGGUUAAGGAAACAUUGUUGCAAAAGUUUCUUGAGCUGGAGCAAACAGCUAAAGAGCAAGCUGCAGACAAUGCAAUUUUGGAUCAGUUACACAAAAUGGUUGAAGUCGAUAUUCCUCCAUCUUUGUUUGAGGAACAAGGAAGGCAGCUUUAUGGAGCACAACUUCUGCAAAUUCAGGCUAAUAUGAAACUCAAUGAAAAACAACUGGAAGCCCUAUCAAGUCCCAAGGCAGUGAAGGAUUUCCUCGAAAACCAGAGAGAAAAUAUAACGAAUAUUAUCAAGCAGAAUCUAGCUGUUGGUGACAUAUUCAAACGCGAAAACUUGCAGAUAGUAACAGACGAGAUAGUGAAGGAGGUUGAGAAUUCGAUCGAUGAGUUUAAACGCCACAACCAAGAGUACGAUGAGGAACGAGUCCGGGAACAGGUACAAGAGGUGCUUGAGGGAGCAAAAGUACUAGAAUGGCUGAAAGAGCGUGCAGACAUCCAGUUCAUAAACAAGUAAGAGAGCCAGAGACGGUCACACCCGAUUUUGAAGGGAGAGGUAUGAGAUAUAUCAAGGUUUACACCCUUCCAUUUCUCAGGUUUAGUAUAGAUUUGCACAUUCUUUUUCGACGAUUGGACAUGUUCUUGAGCUUUUUUGGAUCCAUUUUAGCAAUAAUAUAAUGAAAAUCAAUUCUAGUUGUGUUUCA